AUGAAGGUCAUUCUUGUAGUAACUCUGGCUGCAGCUGGUAUGGCAGCACCAUCUGGACCACCAUACGGGUUCUCACCAGCACCAUCAUACAGACCAGCACCAUCCUACGCUCCAGCACGGUACAGCUUCGACUAUGCUGUGAACGACCCUCCCUCCGGCAACGACUUCGGUCACCAGGAGUCUCGUGAUGGUGACCACACUCAGGGGUCGUACUACGUGCAGCUCCCCGACGGUCGUCUGCAGCAGGUGACCUACACUGUCAGUGGUGACUCUGGCUACCUGGCUGAGGUCACCUACCAAGGAGAAGCCAGGUACCCGACCUACCAGCCAGCCUACAGGCCUGCCCCAACCUAUACACCACUCCCAGUCUUUAGGCCCACCCCAGUGUAUGGCUAAAAAUUCAUUUAUGAUUAAUUUAGUAUGCAAAUUAUAUAGUCGAAAUCGCCAGUAAGCUUUACAUUAGGCAGGACAGGUCAGCAUGGAAAUUUUGAGUUUAGCCAAAAAAUAAUA